UUCUGCCUCUCCCUCAUGUACUGUGCCGUUUAGAGCUUGUUUCCCCCAACCCUUUUUUUUUUUAAUUUUUUUUUUUUUUUGGUGCUUUAUUGCUGUUAUUAUUAUUCUCUUAAUUUUUCUUCUUCGUGAUGUGCUGUUAGAAACCACUCCGGGACUACUCCAGCAGUAGGAAGACCGAGGAGUGGAGUGGAUGAAUUUACCGAUGAGAGAUCCAGUAAUCCCUGGGACAAGCAUGGCUUAUCAUCCCUUUUUACCGCACCGGGCACCGGACUUUGCCAUGAGCGCCGUGCUGGGACAUCAGCCUCCCUUCUUCCCGGCUCUGGCUUUGCCUCCCAACGGGGCAGCCGCCCUCUCCCUUCCCGGGGCUCUGGCUAAACCCAUCAUGGAUCAGUUAGUGGGGGCUGCAGAGACUGGUAUUCCCUUCUCUUCCCUGGGUCACCAGGCAGCAGCCCAUCUGAGGCCUUUAAAAACUCUGGAGCCAGAAGAGGAGGUAGAAGACGAUCCGAAAGUGCAUCUGGAAGCUAAAGAGCUUUGGGAGCAAUUCCAUAAAAGAGGCACGGAGAUGGUGAUUACCAAAUCGGGAAGGAGAAUGUUUCCUCCAUUUAAAGUGAGAUGCACUGGACUGGAUAAAAAGGCCAAGUACAUUUUAUUGAUGGAUAUUGUGGCGGCUGAUGAUUGUAGGUACAAAUUCCAUAAUUCCCGGUGGAUGGUAGCCGGCAAGGCUGACCCUGAAAUGCCAAAGAGAAUGUACAUCCACCCGGACAGCCCGGCCACCGGCGAACAAUGGAUGUCCAAAGUCGUCACCUUUCACAAGCUGAAGCUCACUAACAACAUCUCUGACAAGCACGGAUUUACCAUUUUAAACUCCAUGCACAAGUACCAGCCCCGGUUCCACAUCGUCCGAGCCAACGAUAUCCUCAAGCUCCCCUACAGCACGUUCAGGACCUACGUUUUCCCGGAGACUGAAUUCAUCGCAGUGACCGCAUACCAGAAUGAUAAGAUCACGCAAUUAAAAAUUGACAACAACCCCUUUGCCAAAGGUUUUCGGGACACCGGGAAUGGAAGGAGGGAAAAGAGGAAGCAGCUGACCCUGCAGUCCAUGCGGGUCUAUGACGAGAGGCAGAAGAAGGAGAAUCCCACCUCGGACGAGUCGUCCAAUGAGCAGACGGCCUUCAAGUGCUUUGCCCAGUCCUCCUGUCCUGCCGUGCCUGCCGUGGGCACCUCCAGCCUCAAAGAUCUCUGCCCCAGCGAGGGAGACAGCGAUGCAGACAGCAAAGACGAUCCCUUGCUAGAAGGAAACGAGUCGGGCAAAAUCAGCACGACCACCGCCGCCACCCCAGCGCCGGCCAGCUCCGCUGCCACCGCGGGGGACGACCCCCGGGACAAGGGCGGCAGCCCCUCCAAAAGCCACUUCUUCCCUGGGGACUCGGCAGGGAGUCGGAGCCGAGAGAGGACUGAGAAAGCCCCUCCGGACUCCCGGCACAGCCCGGCUACCAUCUCCUCCAGCACCCGGGGGGGAAGCCUGAGCGGCGAGGAACUGAAAAGCCCCCUGAGGGAUGGCCCCAAAGUAGAUGAGAACCGACUGCUGGGCAAAGAGCCCUUCACCCCCCUGACGGUCCAAACCGACAGCACGGCCCACCUGAGCCAGGGACACUUGCAGAACCUCGGCUUCCCCCCUGCCCUGGCCGGCCAGCAGUUCUUCAACCCGCUGGGGAACGGGCACCCGCUGCUGCUGCACCCCGGGCAGUUCGCCAUGGGGGGAGCCUUCUCGGGCAUGGCCGCGGGCAUGGGGCCCCUCCUCGCCACCGUCUCCGGGGCGUCCGCCGGGGUCUCGGGACUGGACAACACGGUCAUGGCCACGGCGGCGGCCCAGGGACUCUCGGGAGCAUCGGCGGCCGCGUUGCCUUUCCAUCUGCAGCAGCACGUCCUGGCCUCGCAGGGCCUGGCCAUGUCUCCCUUCGGCAGCCUUUUCCCCUACCCCUACACCUACAUGGCGGCGGCGGCCGCCGCCUCCAGCGCCGCUUCCAGCUCGGUGCACCGGCACCCGUUCCUGAGCGCCGUGCGGCCGCGGCUCCGCUACAGCCCGUACCCGCUGCCCGUGCCCCUGGCGGACGGCAGCGGCCUCCUCAGCACGGCGCUGCCCGGCCUGGCCGCCGGCUCCGGCGAGGGCAAGGCGGGCGGGCUGGGCGGCAGCCCCGGCUCCGUGCCCCUGGACUCCGCCUCGGACCUCACCAGCCGCUCCUCCACGCUCUCGUCGGGCUCCGUGUCGCUGUCCCCCAAGCUGGGCGCGGACAAGGAGGCGGCCACCAGCGAACUGCAGAACAUCCAGCGCCUGGUCAGCGGGCUCGACCCCAAGCAGGACAGAUCGCGCAGCGGCUCCCCGUAACCCCCCGGCCUCCGGGAGCUCAUUUCAAAUCCGUCUCGCAGUGCACUUUGUUUGAACGAAACCACAUCCUCCACCCCGCGAGUGUUUGGUUUUUACCCCUUCUUUAUUUUAUUUUUUUCCCCUCUUUCUGUAUAUUUUUUUAACAUAUAAAAUCCCGCGGUGUUGUGUGCGUGCUUAGCAAAAAAAAAAGGUGGAGUAGGGAAAAAAAGGGUCGGGGAUGGGGGAGCGCUGGGUCGGAGGCUCCUCACAGGGAUUGGAGGCACCGGUGGGGUUUGUGGCAUCCUCCUUUUAUUUUCUUUUUUUACCAGUGUAAAAAAAAAUAAAACCCAAAACCAAAACACACCGGGGGAAAAAAAAGAAAAAAAAGAAAGAAAAAAAUACCUAAAAUAAAAAAUAAAACAACCAAAAAAAAAUGAAACAAACUUUUGAAUAAAAAUUAAGUAAGAGAAGUGAUUUUUUUUCUCUGCGAAAGAAAAGCGUGUAAGUAACUCACGUAUUGGUUCUUCAACAGUUGUUUCCUGGGCGGGUUGUUAACCACAACCCCCUUAGUCGAUAUUAAGGGAAGCUGUGUGUUUAAAAUAUUAUUGUGAUGUCUGAGAGCCAGUCGGUGGCUUUUUUUUGCAUGUUCCAGAGUAGUCUGCUUUUUUUUUUUUUUUUUUGAGGGGGGGGUGGUGGUAUUUUUUAUUUCAGUGGGGUUUUGUUGUUUAUUUUUAAUGCUCGUUUCAAAUCCCAGGGAAAAAUUAUUAUUAAUAAUAAUAAAAACAAAAAUAAGACCUUUGUCCCUCUACCUUAAACAUCCUCCCUUGUAGCAACAAAAAUAAGACGUGUAGUUGGAAAGAAAAAAAAAGUGAAUUUAUUUUAUCUAAAAACCUCUGUAGCUCGACUGUAGAUUUAUCACAGCUUUCCCUCUUUAAUUGUAUAUGCAAUAACAAGGUUUAACAUACUGAGAAGAAGAAAAGAGUGGACACUAUUAUUAAAACAAAGUAUUUAUGUAAUUAUUUGAUAACUCUUGUAAAUACGUGGAAUAUGAAUACUCGAAAUUAAACUUUAAUUUAUUGACAUUGUACAUAUCUCUGUAAAUAUGACUGCAGCGGUCUUCUUUUUUUUCCUUCUGUUUUUAUUUUUAGUCGUUUUCAUUUCAAGUUGGUAAUUCCUUUAAACAUAGAUCCCGACCCAGAGGAGAAAUUCCCCCAUUUGUGAGGGCUCCGUUUUUAAUCAAAGCUCAGCCCAGGAAAACCUCGUCCUGUGGUCAACGAGCCAAAUACAAAAGGCAAAGCAGAAAGAAACCAAAUUAUCCAAAGACCUUAAAAAAAAUCAAAGA